AACAGACAGCACACCACCAUCAACGCACCACUUGAACGCCUCAUCGCGGAGUCAGUGGCAGUUUCGCCAGUGCUUGGGCAACACGUGCAUCAGUUUUUGUGCGCCGAAAGCGCGAAUCACGCUAAUUCAAGUAACAAAAAAGAAUCCAAGUGAGCCGUGCGAAUUGUUGUUUUAUGUCACUGCAUUGUGAUUUAGGAAGACGGAUGCCGUCUGUCAGGUCGUAUCACAAACCAGAGCUGGGGAAGUUGAAGGGGUGAAAAAUUUUACGACUACCUGUGGAUCGACAGGGGCGAGACAUUACCGGGCGUCGUCAGGUCAGGUCAGAUUGUUAACGUCCAAUCAGCAGUGACCCGUGGUGUGGCGUGGCGUGGCAUGGUUUUACGCGACAGGAAUAUAUAAAAACAACUUGUUUUAUGCUAAUCGAGUCGAAGCGCUGAUGAAUGGACCUGCAUCGGUAGCUGUGCAGUGUAAUUGUGCAAUUUUUUGCAAUAAGUGCAUUGAAAAGAUGAAAAAGUUAAUAGUGGCAGCGUGUUCUAUAGUAAUAACGGGCUAAUUAUCGGUGCAAUCUGGUGCUUAAGUUUCAAGUAGCAAAGUAAGCAGAACGGAAAAAGUGUCCGAGGAGUCAGAAGAGCGACUAAACAUUCAGAAUUACAUAAAGCGAAAAGUCCAUUGCGUGAUUUGGCAAGUGAACCAAGUUUCGUAUAUUCGGUCGAAAGUGUGUUGGUGCCAUCCAAGCAACCGGUAUCUUCGUUUGAUUUCGGAGGUGAUGUGGAGUCUGGACGCCAAUCGGUAGCAACUCAGUAGGCGAGACCGGUCUGGAACCGUUUCAGUUCAACAAACAGCACUACUAUUUCAGAAGAGCAGUUGGUACCGUGCAAAACGUGCACCAUCAUCGUUCCAGUGCGAAAUUCGAAGCACCGAGCGGCGACCUUUGCUCGGCAAUCAGCUGUCUCGAAUGGAAAAGUGAUUUUUUUUUGCCAGAUAGCAAAAUAUAAUCAAGCGAUACAAAAAAAAAACUUCGACCCGAAUCCGUCGAUUACCAGCAAUAUAAACUUAAAUGACAAAACGCUAACACGAUAAGGAAAUUCUAGCUAAAGCGGGAGGAUUUAUUAUAAACGAACGUGGCCCAGCCAAUUGAAUGGACAGUAUGACUAUUUCAGCGAUCCCCCCGCAAGAGCCCAUCUGGUGCCUGGAGCGCCGUGACUCCGGUCACCUCUUCUGGCGACGGGAAUCAUCCAAGGUCAAGUUUCGCUACGACGUGGAGGUACUGGAAUUUACUCGGGAUCCCGGUGAAGAUCAGCUUCUGAUCACCGACAGUGAGCUGAAGGAUAAAAACGAACGGCACCUGUCCAAUAUGAUUGUGGUGUGUGCGACCUGUGUGGCAGCCAUUGCGAUGACAGUGGUGCUGCCCUGGUUCCUGAUAGGGUCCACGUAGGCCACAUGAUUGAUUGUUGCCGGGGUCAGCAGUAGCAGUAGGUGGUGGCUAGCGGAACGAGCUGAGCGAAUAUUAUUUUUUCUUCGAUUAGAAGUAAGGUGCACGUGCCUACACAAACCGACCAAGCAGGGUCAAAGUCGAUUAACUUGUUACGGCUUGAACCAAUUUUAUACACAUUUGAGUUUUCACGGGCGCACACAUGUAGUUGUAUCGAGAGCUGUGCGGGCGGGCGCGCAUCCAUCCAGCCGGACUCUUAUCUCCGCUGCUGGAAGCAACUAGGUUUUAGGUUUAAGACAGCACGAAGAUUGAUAUUUUAAAUGUUGAUGGGAGGGUUCACAAAACGUUUGUAAAUAUUUGUUACGAGUAGGAAACCAUGCUACUGUUUACUGACUAGAUUUAAGCUACACAAGUUGCCUUGUGGGAAGGAGUAAGAUUUCUACUGAAAAUAAUGGUAGGAAAAUAUAAAAUUUAAUCUGUUGAACUGUUCAAAGGAAAACUUCUUGUUGCUCAGAUAUUUUUACGUGGAAGAAUGGAUUUGAAGAAUUGGUUUUUUUUUUCAAAUUGUCCCCUGUGUUUAUUAUUCUAUGUUGCCUUUUUGCUAAUCAUAUCAACCCUCAAAAUAGAUUAUCAAUUGUAUGAAGAGAAUAAUGUAGAAGGUCAUUCUUCAAUCAGUCGGUCGCCGACCGAUCGAUGCCCCAAAACAGAAAACCGUUGUAAAUUCGAGCGGCGUAAAACGGUUCGGUUUCGGUACUCAGUCCAACAACGGCAGUAAACAUCAAUAUUUUUAGCAAAAUAUUUUCCUCCUGUCGAAGUGAAAAAAUCUGUUGCAAAUCACCCCCGUGCUCCCCGUGCAUAAAACAGACAAUACAAACGGAGCACUGCCGAGGUUUUCUCGUCCUCACGCGAACUGAUUACGGACUGUGGGAACCCCCAGCGCAGGUUUCCCGAUGUAUCGGGAAUGUAAGUUUUGGCGAAACCGAUCACCGUUCAACCUUAUGCGGCCUCCGGCGUUGUCACGUAAAAAUAGUCCACACGCGGCAUUGAACCUCACUCUCUCUCUCUGCUCGCGCACCCGCUGCCGGGGUCCAAUUGCAAAUUCCUCCAAAUUGUUUGCAUCACGGCAAAGCGAAUUCGGUUUGUUGUUUUUUUUCGGGGGAGUGGUACGAACUGAUUGACACGUAGAUAUGUACGUUCUUGUUUAUGUCGGUGCGAGUUCCGGGAUCGAGAAAAUUAUGGCUAUUUGGUUCGAUGUAUCGAUUGUUGUGUUUGAAACGGGUACGUGUUUAGCAACGUUGUAUUUUUUGGCGAAAUUCUCGCUUUCUAGCCAGCAAUUAGAGUGCGAACGAAAGUGAAAGUUGUACAAGCGAGGGAGGUAAUUUUUCAACUUUUGUAAAUAUUGGCACAUAUGGUGUAAUGAAAAAAAAAAACUGAAAGGCAAGAAUGUGAGAAAAUGAACUGAUGUUUGUAGUGAUUUAUGCUAUCUGUAUUGAUUAUCUGGGAUUCUAUUAGGAGUAAUGAUGAUUUUAUCUUUUUUCUUCAUAUGAUGGAGAUGACGUGAUAUUGAACGCAAACGUUCGAAUGAGUAGAACAAGCUGGUAUAUCUGUAAAGUGAUAAUAGUAUUUAGCAAGAGUCUGGAUAGAUUGUAAUUAUACGACUACAAUUACAGUAA